GCCAGUACAGUGGACGCAUCCAAGGAUGAACCAGUACAGUGUACGCAUCCACGGAAAUAACCAAGAGCUAUAGACCACCACCGAGGACUACUAACGUCGCGGUGUUCGAGAAGUUUCCUUUCGCCCUUGCCGUAUUCGACAUGGACCAGGACGGAGACCUCGACUGUGUCAGCACCGUACGCACGCAGUUCGACAAAAGCGAACCGAGCGCCACCUACGUCUGGAUGUUCAAAGGAAACAAUCCGAGGAAUGUCACCUACCACAUCAAGCCAGGCCCGACUUUCGACACGAGCACCUACACUAUGGAUGACGAUUACGAGCACGAAUACAAUGCACACUUCUACUUUUCCGACUACAAGACCUGCGUCAUUUUCGGUAUGCCUCACUUGGACACAGACGAAUGCAUGUUGUGGGUCACGAAGAAGGUCAAAGACGACGUGCCGCAGAUCUGCACGGACAAGUACAAGGAAAACUGCGACAUGCAAGUGAUGGCGUACGACCGGGAAACCUGCGGCGAAUACGCAGACUACGAAUAGAACCGCAGGAUGUCGCCAGAUGAUGGCGACGGUUCACCUAUAUAUAUGCCCUGUGCAGCGCUUUGAAA